UUAUACUUUGUUGCAACAAACUCGAGGAUGAAAGGAUAAUUAAUAAACUUCAAAUCAUUUGAAAACAUAAUUUUCCCAGCCAUGCUUGUCUAUCAAAAUAUUGGUUUUUAUAUUCUUGGAAACAUUGUUUUAUGGUAUAAUUGGAACCAUUUUGUCUGUCCACCUUGCUCUUUGUCAGUCUUUCUUUGUAGUCAUUUUUUGAAUGGAACAUAUUUUUACAAGUGAUAAAAAACAGCUUUUUAUUAGCUCACCUGAGCUGAAAGCUCAAGUGAGCUUUUCUGAUCACCCGUCGUCCGUCCGUCUGUCUGUCCGUCUGUAAACUUUUUACAUUUUGAUCAUCUUCUCUAAAACCACUUGGCCAAAUUUAACCAAAUUUGGCACAAAUCAUCCUUAUAAGAAAAUGAAUAUAAAUUGCAAAAAUAAAAGGCUAGAUUGUAUUCAAAGCGGAGAAAACCUCGAAACUGUAAAAAAGGGGGUAGCAUUUUAAAAAAUCUUCUCAAGAACUACUGAAUUAAUCUUAACGUAAUUUAGCAUAAAUCAUCCUUAGGGAAAGGAAAAUAUAAAUUGCAAAAAUUAUAGGAGAAUUCUGUUCCAAAUUUGAGAUAAUUGCGAAAAUACUAAUAAAGAAUGGCUCGUUAUUCCAAAUAUCGUAGACUGGCAAUUCAUUGCGAUAGACUGGUCUUAUGACAGGCAUCGCCAGUCUACCGCAUCUCGAAAACGAGGUUCUUUGUUUGAAGCUGGCAGUUUGUUGUGCAACAGUUCACGUGCGAAUAGACUCUAUGAAACAUGAAAAUAACAUUGGUGCUGAUUAUUGUGAAGUAAAUUGAGGUUAAAUAUUUCAACGCGUUGUCAUUUUCACUUGUGAGGGUGGUUUUAGCUUGUUUUGAAUUUUUCGUUUCAUUUUGCUUUUUAACUUGGGAAACAAUCGCCUUGUAUUUGGAACAUAAACUUCAGUAAAUAGGCAGUUGAUUGUUUACCUGCGAAAAUGAUAAAAUCUGAUGCAUUAACAACGUACUAAAGUGCAUUUCCCUCUGUUUUUAUUGUUUAUUAAUUUCUAAUUGUGUCAACAAGGAUCAAACAAGGGAGCGACUAUGAUUGAAACUCGAUUUUUGAUCGGUGACUUCGCCGGAAUUUCCUUCGAAAGAGAAUUUGAAGUAGCCAUGUAUUCCGAGUUCAUAAUCGUGUAAAUUAAAUCCAAAGACAAUAAAAAGAUGUUUAUGAAUGUGAAAAAAACUUUUUCACAGCCUCAGUUAAACCCUGUUGUGAUUAAUCACCCGCGACUGUCUUAUCUUUAGAAGUUAUAAAUACGGGUGAUGCAAACACAUAUACCGUGCAUUGAAAAUUACAAUCGAUAAUCAUUACAUUUCUUGUUGAUACUACAAUAAGAAGGUAACUUGUAGUUAUUUAAUAACUCUGCCAAAUUAAUGCAAAACCGUUUGUUUACAGUUAUCUUCAAAACUGAAAACUGUUGUAAUUGGGUCAUAGGGUAGGACUAAUUUCUCCAAAAUACACAGUGCAUAAACUGAUUUUGUGUCACCUGGCUAACUCAAUUACAAAACAUUUUAUCUAUAUAAUGUAUGAAUGCAUUAAAUAAAAUGAAAUUUAACAAAUUGGAUAAGUUUUUAAAAGUUGCUUAUCAUUCUACGACUGACGCUGAAAUGUUUGUUGAUCAUUGGAAUUGUCUUGCUAAACAUUAUAUACUUGUGUACAGAAAAAUCAAAAGGAUGAUGUGCUAUAACUACUUUCUGGGGUCCUGUCUCAUUUGAUAAAUUAUUUUAAAUCUGCAACAAUUUUGGUAUUUUUCAAACGAGUAAAUAAAAACUUCUUUUUAACAGUUCUGACACAUUAUAAUUAUGAGGAUAUCCGUGCAUUAUCAUUAUUUUAAAGAAAAUAUUGCAGCAGAAAAUCAUCUUGGUUUGUAGCCGUUUGUUGUUUUUGAGAGAAUGUGAAAUAAUUAAUGGGCCUUAGUACAGAACUGAUACCUGUAUGCCUGACAAUACAUUAAAUUAUAUAGCUUUUUAACACAUCAUGUGACAACAUUUUUUAGUCAAAUGUUUUCAUCGAUCAAGUGAGUAAGGCUAUUCAAAAACGUCACAAAAGUUUACAUCAGGUAAACAAUUAUUAAUAACGUCACACUUUUUUGUAAGCACUCUCAUGCCUACAAAUUUCGACGGAUUUUCAUUAAAUUUAUACUAAAUCUUUAUACCACUUUAACCUUGGUCAAGUUCGAAAAUCAGCAUUGGUCGAUACUUUUUGUUGGAGUUAUGGGACUUAAACCACAAUAAUGACUCCGUUUUAUCCAAAAAUUGACCUUGUAAGCGCUCUCAUGCCUACAAAUUUUGACGGAUUUUCAUUAAAUUUAUACCAAAUGUUUAUACCACUAUUACCUUGGUCAAGUUCGAAAAUCAGCAUUGGUUGAUACUUUUUGUUGGAGUUAUGGGACUUAAACCACAAUAAUGAAUCAGCCUUGGUCGAUAGACUCGAUACUAGUAUACUGCUUGACCGGCGGGGGACCCAGGAAUUCUAUUCUUGUUUAUCUUAAAUGAGCUAAUACUGUUCACAUAUGUGCAAAAACUGAAGGAAAUAAUGUACCGGUGUUAUAUAUAAUUAAUAUAUCACAAUAUAUUUUCACCCCUACCCCUUUAUAAAAUAUUGAGUUUUAGGUCAGAAAAUUAUCAUGGUACUUAACUUUGCUAAAUAUUAAAUUUUACUGUUCAUAAUUAUUUAAGGACACACGAGAUGUUCCUCAAUUUUAUAUAAUUUUCCUUGAUAAAUUAUUCCUUAUUUAUUAACAUUUAAACCUGUUAAUUCCCAAAAAUUCAAGGUUUAUUACCAGGCUAUUUUUAGAGCUAUAAUAUUUAGAAUUUUCCUUAAAAUAGCAUCAAAAUGCAUUUGAAUGCUUAUAAAUAAAGUCAUAGUAUAUAUUUUCAAUUGAACACUUUAUAUCUAAAUAAAAAAAGUAUCAUAUAACAGGAAAAUAUAAUUAUGGAAUUACUUGGUGGAAAUCUUCACAUUGUGGAGAUAGGAAAAAAUAGAAAAUAAUGGAAGAUAGGUCGCGUCUGAUUGUAAAUUAAGUGUGUUAAGUCAAUGUAGUUCGCCAUUGUUGCUCAGGUGAGCGAUGUGGCCCAUGGGCCUCUUGUUUUGAAAUCAUUUUAAAAUUAUGCACGGAGACUAUUGCUAAUUCAAAUCAUAUACUUUGUAGUUUUUGUGUGGAUCAAACUGUCAACCAGGGAGAAAAUUACUUUGGUUCGGUGAUGAUAAGGACAAGGAUACUGACGGAGAUGGUAUCCCUGACCAUCUUGAUGACGAUGAUCACAACGAUGGGAUUCCCGAUAGCAAAGACAACGACGACGAUGGCGAUGGAAUAAGCGAUGACAAACAAUACUGGGACAAAGACGGGUGCACAACCUUGAAAGAUGGGGAUGGAAUUCCUGAUCACUUGGACGAUGAUGAUGAUGGCGAUGGGAUUCCCAACGAUAAGGAAAAAGACACAGAUGGCGAUGGGAUUCCUGAUUAUUUGGAUGAUGAUGACGAUGGGGAUGGGAUUCCAGACGAUAAAGACAUUGAUGAUGAUGGGAACGGGGUACCAGACAAUAUGGAGGACACAGAUGGAGAUGGAAUCCCUGAUCAUUUGGAUAAGGAUGAUGAUGGAGAUGGCAUUCCAGAUGACAAAGAGAAGGAUACGGAUGGUGACGGAAUUCCAGACUAUCUGGAUGAAGAUGAUGAUAAUGAUGGGAUCCGUGACUCCCAGGACAAAGACGAUAAUGGAAAUGGUAUUCCAGAUCAUUUAGAAGUCGACAGUGAUGGAGAUGGAAUUCCAGAUUACCUCGAUGAUGAUGAUGAUAAUGACGGGAUCCCUGACCAUUUGGACAAGGACGACAAAGAGAAAGACACUGAUGGUGACAGAAUUCCAGAUUAUCUGGAUGAUAAUGAUGGAAUUCCUGACGUUGAUGAUGACGAUGGCGAUGGUAUUCCUGAUAAACUUGAAAUUGAUACAGAUGGUGAUGGGAUACCAGAUUACUUGGAUAAUGAUGAUGAUGGGGAUGGAAUUCCUGACUCUGAAGAUAAAGACGAUGAUGGCGACGGAAUUCCAGAUGACAAGGAAAAAGAUACAAACGGUGAUGGUAUCCCGGAUUAUCUGGAUGAUGAUGACGAUGGAGAUGGUAUUCCAGAUAGUGAAGACAAAGAUGAUGAUGGGGAUGGUAUUCCUGAUGACAAAGAAAAAGAUACAGAUGGAGAUGGCAUUCCAGAUUAUCUCGCUAAUGAUGACGAUGGUGAUGGAAUUCCAGAUAGUUUAGACAAUGAUGAUGAUGGUGACGGUAUAACUGAUGAUAAGGAAAAAGACACUUAUGGAGACGGAAUUCCAGAUUACUUAGAUGAUGAUGAGGAUAAUGAUGGAAUUCCAGACUCAGAGGAUGAUGAUGCCGAUGGAAAUGGCAUUCCUGAUUACAAGGAAAAAGACACGGAUGGUUAUGGUAUUCUAGACUACUUAGAUGACGAUGAUGGUAAUGACGGAAUUCCUGAUCAUCUUGAAUUUGUAUUUGAUUUUGAGUCCUCUGAUGAGGAAUGGAAACCUAAAAAGGAUGACUGUAUUGAAUCUGAUGAAUCUGAUGAGGUUUUUUCUGAUACAAAAUGUAUUCGGCCAUUCCUAUCAAAGGUACAGAUAACAUACUGUUACUUUAGUGUUCUUAUUUUUUCUUUCUUUUCUCAUUCUUUUUUUCCCCCAGUCUUUGUGUAAUUUUUUAGAGACACUUGGUCCAUUAUUUUGAAACUUGAAGUGAUUUGGGGGUGGCGGCAAAAUAAGAUAAUUGUAAAAAUGACUGUAAUAUUGAACACAAAGGCAUUUUAGUUCGAUCUUUUUUAAGGAUUGGACAUCAAAAGUCAAGAUUGUUGCUGAAGGAGAUGCAUGUGUUAGUGAAACAGUUUCAGUUGCACCUGUUGUAAAACAUGGAACAAAGCGUGUAUAUGACAAAAGGCAUGCUUGUUUCUUUUGUGGUGACACUUUCUCCAAGAUAUCAUCUCAUCUGCAAAUGAAACAUUCAGGAGAAAAAUUAGUAGCCGAAAUUUUGGCUAAAAAGAAAGGAGGAAAGGAUAGAAAAUUGCUUUGGAAGAAACUAAGAAAUAUGGGAGACUUUCAUUAUAAUAUAAAAAGAAUUACAGAAAAAAAAGGACACUUGAUUGUUGAAAGACGACCAACAACUGAAAAGGAUUCAAAUGAAUUUCUUCCCUGUCCCCAUUGUUUGGGUUUUUUUGUAAGAAGUGAACUUUGGAGGCAUGCUAAAGAAUGCCCUUUUCGAUGUCAGAAUAAUGAAGAAGAAAAGCCUUUGGUCUAUUCAGCCCAGAUACUGCUUUACUCAAACUUGCAUGAAAAUUCAGAUUUGCAGGAGAAUAUUGAGGAAAUAUUAACAGGAAUGAAAUCUGAUGGUGUCUUGAAGGCAAUACAGUCUGACAACAGUUUGAUGUCCUUUGGAUCUGCUAUGCUGAAAAGAGUGGGAAGAGGAAGAUUACCUAAUGUCAGACAAAAGUUACGACA